AUGGGUGGACCGGGUAGUGGAAUGAUACCGAAAGGAGUUGGUGCUCCUCCGCCACCCGGAAUGGAUAAUCGUCGUGGAAAGUUGAUGUGUAUCAAAGUUCGCAUGCUUGACGAUUCUGUUGGUGUAUUUCAUUUGGGGCAUAAAGCACUUGGACAGGCAUUAUUCGAUGAAGUAUGCCGUCAUUUAAAUUUGCUGGAAUGUGAUUAUUUCAGUCUUGAAUUUACUGACUGCUACGGCAAUCGCUGUUGGUUGGAUAAAGAUAAGCCUAUCUUACGACAAAUCACCACAACUCGUAGCGAUGCUCGUUUCUAUUUCAUCGUUAAAUUUUACACACCAAAUCCAGCAGAUCUCGUUGAAGAAUAUACGAGGUAUUUAUUUGCGUUACAAAUUAAGCGUGAUCUUGCAAUGGGUGAACUGCUAUGCAAUGAGAACACAGCUGCCCUUCUGGCUUCAUAUAUUGUUCAGUCGGAUUGUGGUGAUUUUGCGGCUGAAGACUAUCCGGAUGACAGCUAUUUGUCAAGUGCACGAUUUAUACCAAAUCAGAGUGCGGAAUUCCAGCGAAAAGUUAUGGAAAAUCAUAUGAAAUUGGUUGGCAUGAGUCCCGGCGAAAGUGAUUUGAUUCUUCUCGAAACGGCACGACGUUGUGAUUAUUAUGGUGUGAAGUUGCAUGUUGCUAAAGAUGUGGAAGGUACCGAAGUAAGCCUAACAAUUGCUCAUAUGGGUAUUCGUGUAUUCCAUCAGUUUCAAUGUGUUUCAACAUUUUCUUGGGCUAAAAUCCGGAAGCUAUCAUUUAAACGUCGUAAAUUGCUAAUAAAGCUACAUCCGGAAAGUCACCAAUAUUAUAAAGAAACGAUCGAAUUUUUAUUUGAAAGUAGAAAUGAGUGCAAAAUUUUCUGGAAAAAAUGCGUUGAGCAUCAUACAUUUUUCCGUUGUAUUGAAGUAUUACCAGUGAAAAAAACUCGGGAAGGUCGUUUUUUCAGUAAAGGCUCCGCUUUUAGAUACCAGGGUAGGACUCAGAAGCAAUUAAUUGAUUAUAUUCGAGAACAUAGAAAACGACGAGAACCAUUCACAAGGCCAAUUAAAUCAGGCCUUUCAUCAUCAUCUAAUGGUCGACUGUCACGGCCGGCAUUCUUUGAUAUGGAUCAUCCUUAUGCAACAGUGAGCGAACGAUCAGUGAAUUUGAUUGGUUCUGGGACAUUAUCUUCUCGAAAGGCACCAAUGUAUUGCAUGAAUGGAGAAUGGUCGAUGAAUCGUGGUCCAUGUAUAAGUAGCCAGAGCCGUGGUCAAGGUACAGGUCAGCAACUAACGAGUUACUUUCCCGGUGAGAUAACUCUGAAUAGAUAUGGUACCACUGCCAGUGCUCGUAAUCAUCGCCAUCGAAAUUCGCAGAACUAUCCGAAUAACAGUAGUGCUGCGGCGGUGAACGGUGAACGAAUGUGUCUGAGUGAUAUGGAAAGUAAUGAUGUAUGUUCAUUGGCUGGUGGUGGUACCAUGAAUUCGCGGUACAAGCAACCUGAUUUUAAACCCCUGAAACAAUCCACUGUUAAAUCUGUAAAAGCAGGAGCAAUAGCGGCAACGGGUAAUGCUGAUAAUAUUCGUAAUACAGCAGAUAAUGAUGCUAUCACAUCGGUAUCAUUGCCAAAUGUACUCGGUGAUGAUGUACAAAUUGUUUGUCGUGAAUUUGAGCUUAAAUGUGAAUGUCCACCUAAAUCUGCAUCUGGUGAUAAUUUCCUGGAACUACAUCAACCACCACGUGACUAUGAUAACAUCAGUGAAGGCUCUUAUAAGUUAUCAGAUAAUGAAUUACGAUCAGCACAUUCCGAUAUUCAGCCUGUCCCAAUGAAUCCUGUUUAUGCUACCACUUUCACAGCUAAACGUGUCGGUAAUGUGAUUGUUAAGAAAGUUGUUUCAAAUACUCGUUCUACACCUAACACCACCGAUGAUGAAGAUCCAUAUGCCGAAAGACGACUGGAUAGUGGUAGAAGGAAAAUGGAGACUGACCGUAAUCAACGAGAAAUUUCAGGACAGGUUUAUCAGCAGCAACCAUCUAAAAAUACUCAGAUUGAAAUUAAUUCGCAACGAAGAUUUGACACUGAAAGAAAGCAUUCAUCAUCAGCACCAGCUUCAUAUGCGGAAUAUCCGUUACACCAAAAAUUGGUACCAAUCGAAAUUGAUGGACCAAAUGUCAAUUUAGAUGAGCAUAGGAAGCUGAGUAGUAGAAAGGAAAUCAAUAGAAUGUCAAAAGUACAAGGUACCACUCCAUCACAGACUUCAAUUCGUGCACCUAUCAUGAAGGAUGAUGAAUCAGAUCGGUGGCCAAUAACUGUUGAAUCUCAACCUUCUGUCUCAUGCACCAAGGAAGUGCAAUCAAGCCAUUCAAAAAUUGUAUAUACUUCGAAAGGUACCAUUUUACAGAGGCCAAAAAUAAUUCAAGAUAAGGAUGACAUAAGCGCCAGCGAGAAUAUCUAUAGUAAUGUUACUUUGACUCAUACCUCAGAUAGCGGUCAAAGCGAUAUGAUAAUAGCUCAACCGCAACAAGCUCCUAAAACCUAUGGUGCGAUUGGACCAUUGCCGGGUAAAGUUAUAACUAAAGAGAAUUUGGUGAUUACACCAGAGGGUUAUCGAGAACGAAAACCGAAACCGGUGGUACCUCCGAAACCAAAAAAUCUCAGUUGCACUUCAGAAACCGCUUUUACAGAAUCACCUUCAGUCUCAGGUAUAUCGGAAUCAAAACCAAAUCAUCCGGUAGUAAAUCUUCAAAAAGAGGAGGCUCUUCCAUCUUGCACAGCACCAUCAAGAACGCGUGAACUGAAUCGGCCAACACUAAUUUCGGUGCAAAGUGAGGAUUACCCCGAAAUUCAGAAAUGCCAUCUCUUCAACAGCGAUAUUCCAUACGUACUUACGAUGCGUAAUAUACCUACCGAAGCUGAAGGCUCAUUUUCAACUUUUAAAGAUACCAGUAGUAAGAAUACGAUUUCAGAAGUUUUAGCUAACACUAUUGAGAGCAGUAAUUUGCACAGGUCAUUAUCAUCAUCACGUAGUCCGGAGAGCUUGAGGAGAAGAAAAUCCCUCGAUUUAGUGCCCAAAAAACGACUACCUUCACCACAAAAUUUCUCUUCUCAAGACCAUUCUUUAUCAUCUUCCACGCCAGAAUCUGGCGAUGUUUUGGAAUAUUUGCUACGAAGACGAAAUGUUGAGAAAUCUUCAAUUGCAAAACGUGGCCGUCGCGGCGAUCCACGUCGACAAACUCAACCUGUCCGUUUUAACAUUCCACCGAGUGCGAAAACUGAACAACAGAUUGGUGCAAUAUCACAGCCUAAUUUAAAUGAUAAUGAUGAAGAAGUAAUGUGUGUUAUGAAGAAUGAUGAAAGGUGUGAAAGAAUGACGAAAGAUUUGAAACAGAAUGAUCGGAUGUACAUAAAUGUAAAUGUCGCUUCUGAUUUUAAAACUGAAAUAGAACAGUCUUUGAAAAUUCGGAAAGGAAAUAAAGAGCAGUUGAGAAAUGACGGAUUAGCUAUCGUUGGGCAUGAAUUGAUGGAUUCAGCUAAUGUCGAUGAUUUUCCACCACCACCACCACCUCUUCCUUCCAUUGUUUUGAAGCAAUCAGUAAAUUCGGUAGCACCACAGCCAAUCAUCGAGGGAAGCAUGCAAGAAAGCAUAGAAACAUUACCAUAUGUCGAUGAAUCAACCUCUUCUCGAGCAUCUUGCGCCUCCAAGGAUGAAAUUACCGACAAAGUUCCAUCAGUACAAUCAUCAACCCUAAGAACACCUACCGGUAUCUUAUGGACUGAUUUUUAG